UAGAUGGAGGUAGGGUGGGAAAGGGAUUAUCCUUUGCUUUAGAGUAUCGAGUCUUCAAAGUAUCGAGUCAGGAGUGGGAGGGUUAACACUUGGAAGGUGUGUAUGGGAUGGCUGUGUUGAGAUCUGGUGUGAAGUAGACUCGGUUAAGUUGAUCCCUAUUCUGGAUGAAACUCAAGAGGAUACUUGAGCUUCGAGAAGAAAUGCAGGCAAGCGGCUCGCUCAGCGAAAUGCUGGUCUGCUCUUUACACGUGAUGUCGUGCUGCCUACCUUCUGCGGAUGCUGCUGAUCACUGGCAGGUACUCAGAUAUCUAUGCCUUACUCUGCUGUCUGGUCGACUGGAUUUCGAUGGAACUGCUCAUUUUUCUUCGAGUCACAUACUCCAAGCUGAGAUGAUUUAUUGCGCAUAUGACGCAAGAUCUAGAGGAAAUCGAAGCUCUCGUUGGCAUGGUUAACAAUUAACUGUCUCUUAUCCACAAUCAUAAUGGAAGACGGUUAUUGACAUCAAGAGGCUGUGCACGGCCCGGAAGAAUGAGCUUCUGAGCCAGAUACACGAUCUUUGUCCA